GUUUGGUCUUCAAAUCAAAAUAUGUUAAUUGAUCGCGUUUGGCUAUUGCUACUACUGGCCGGCCCUAUAUGGGCACAGUAUUCCGCGUAUUACCCUAAUCCAUGGCCACCGUCACAGGCACCGACUGGCUAUAGUCCAUAUAGUCCAUAUAGUGCAUAUAGACCAUACUAUCAAACCAACUAUGACAGGAGCACCUGGGAGUACUACAACUACCUUUACUUCUUGGCCCUUCAGAGAUAUAAUUUGUAUUAUCAAAAUUUAGCUAACCAAGCUACGACAACUACAACCACCGCAAGUCCGCCAACCUCAACAACCCCAACACCUACAACAUCGACAGCUAUUCCCACUUCCACUGGAACACCCACAACGUCGACAGCUAUUCCCACUUCGACUGGAACACCUACAACGUCGACAGCUAUUCCCACUUCCACUGGAACAGCCACAACGUCGACAGCUAUUCCCACUUCCACUGUAACACCCACAACGUCGACAGCUAUUCCCACUUCCACUGUAACACCCACAACGUCGACAGCUAUUCCCACUUCCACUGUAACACCCACAACGUCGACAGCUGUUCCCACUACUCCUAGCACUGGUACAACCGUAAACGCAAUUCCCACUCGUCGCUUUCAUCCGAUAAACUAUGGAAAUGGAUAUUACGCUAAUGAUGAUGAUCUAUAUGAUCCAGCUGCUGCUCUUGGUAAUGAUGAUGACGCACAUACAUCACUUAUAUUUGAACCCGACAGGCAAUUCGUACACCUCACUGAUAAGAACGGCGAGCCCCUGAUAUUAAUAGCGCCCAAUCAGAAGCCAUUGAGACGUCCCGUCGGAGCUACUCAGCCCGGUUACACCUACUACAAGUCACAGCCGCAGGCAAAUCAGUUUAUCCCAAGCUUGACUCCAGUUAAUUAG